CAAGACUGUUGUCCGUGUGCGAUCGCGGAAGGGUGCGUAGUCUAGUCUCGCUUGGUGUGCGUAUCCCCACCACGCGGUGUUUUCAUAGCACGGAAUAGAACCAUGUCCACAAACUUAGCACGGAAUAGAACCAUGUCCUACGAAAAGGUAUCGCAGAAACUCGUAUGGCCGUGGGCCGUUCUCAGACUUCUCUCUGCUAAUAUCUUAUUUUAGAAGGCCCUUAAAGUUUAAAGUUACGUACGAAUCUAAGUUUAUGGCUGGUACUUAAUGUAACUUAACUCACUACAAAAGAGUUUGUGCGGAGGCUCUUUAUCGUCGGUCACUACGAGGUUUGUUCGCGUCGCAAAUGUCCCAACAUGCUCCUACUCGCCCCAACACGCCCUAACAGCGAAUUCGGUAGUCUGCAUUAGUGCGCACUGAUUGUGAGUGCGACUUUUUUUAUUGAAAAAGUUUGUUAAAAAAAGUUUUGAAGUUUCAUGAAAGUGUCAUUGAAAAAAAUGAAGCGAAUAGGAGCAUAUUGGGGCACAUGAGACGCGAACAAACCUUACGACAUUAUUUUGUCUUUACGGUUUCACCGCUAGAUGGUACACGUUUGCGGCUUUGUUUCGGCGGUGCAACUUCGGAUUUUGAGGUUAGGGUUGGUGACUCGGUGAAACUGCGGUGGAUGCAGAAAAGCGGUUGGAGUUUUCGGUGCGUCAGAGUGCCGGGCAUUGCUCGUUCAGGCGUCGAGCCAACGAAGUGUCGACGAACGGAAACGACGCACCGAACUAAUUAUCGUCUGUCAUAGUAAUUCGCUUGUGUUCACUGUGCGAGAUAAGUGAGACUAGCAUAUAACGCGGCAUCGCGACUCCGUGACAGGUCUGUUUAUAUCACGCGCUUCGGGCGGCACACGAGAUCGCGGGUGGGCAUCCGUCGCGUCUAAAAAUAGAACGACGGCGGCGGCGCCUACCACGUCGACUAACAAAUUCCGACGGGAAGAGAGAUAUCGGGGUUCUUUGGAAUCUUGGAGACGAGACACGCCGAUGUCACGAGGCCGGAACGCGUGACACGGCAACGUGUGCCACGAUAUACUUGCCUCCCACUUUCUUUCGCGGCUCCGUUUUGUCUUCUGUCUGCGCAGAGCACCGGAAUAUUCUUUGGCGACCGACGGAUUUGCAACCCGAGUCCCGCGUGCCAUUGACACGAGAGCUCGGGUCGUUCGAUCGAAUGUCCGAUUUCGCGAGCGGCGCGAGUCUACGCGAGUCUUUCCAUCGGGAAAUAGGGUCAAUCGUGGUUGUGACUGCAGGCAUUUCGGAGCAACUGUAUCACGACCCGUCGCGUUCUCACGCGAGGCGCGAUUUCGUGUGAUAUUCACGAUUGUCAGAAUCGGCAAUGAUUCCUCAGAAUCUUCCGUGCGUGCGACACGCGUCGUCGCAUGUCGCGGGAUAGACGCGCGUCGGCGGCAGCUGGGAAGAGGAGCGUCGCAUCGAUCUCGCACGGACGCGAAUUAAGAUUCGGCUCGCGAAAAGCAAUCGGGGCGCAAAUGAGGCGCGAGGUGGGCGACGACGCGAGGCAAUCGGCGAGGAAACCGAUGACCGUUCGUUGCGAGAUGGCCGAAUGCGAGUUCCAGUGAGCAAGAGGAAGAUGUCGCAGACCGCUGAUGCCGAAAGUGAGACGGGCUCGAUUUGCGAUGAGGAGCGUGUGCGAAAGCUGUUCCAGGCAUGCGACGGCGACGGUGACGGAUACAUAGACAGCCAGGAUCUAUUGACGGUAUGCCGGGAAUUGAACCUCGAGAAUUCGGUGGAGGAAUUGAUGCGGGAAUUGGGCGCGGACGAGCACGGUCGCAUUUCCUAUCAAGAGUUCCUCAGGCGGCGUCUGGCCUUGCGACCGGAAAUCGAGGCGCUGAGAGCGGGCAAACGCCGGGGCAGUCCGCAUCACACGCACACACCGGAAUAUCUGCCAACCAGCAGCGAUAACAGUCUCGGAACCGUUUCGGGACGACAUGAAAGUUGGGAAUUCGACAGUGGUGCUCGUGAUUUGUCGCCGGAACCUCAUAGUCUUCAGAAAUUGGUGGAGGCAGCCGCCGGCGGGACGGGAAAUAUGCUGGACCUGGCGAAUAAGUUGCACGCGGCUGCGCUGUCAUCCCUGCGGUCCGAAGUGGCCGAAUUGAACUCGCGGCUGGUUGCGGCUACUCGCGCUCGGGAAGCCGCUGAAGCCGCGUUGAUGCGAGCCGAGGUGCAGGCGGUUCGAGCGGAGCAACGAGCGGAGCAGCAAGCGGCUCGACACGAGGAACGACUCACCGAAUUGCAUUCCGUCAUCGCCGAGCUUGGCCGACAGCUGGAGCGGCAUCGCGCCACCGUAAUUGCCGAGGAGGACGAGUCCGAGAUCGAGACGAGCAGGGAUGCCGAAGGUUCCAUCACCAACCCGGUGGAGGAGAGCGAGGGCGGGGGAGAUAUUCAGGGGGAUGGCGAUCGCACUUUAGGGGAUGCCGAUUCCAGCUGCUGCGAAGACGAUACCCGACCGGCGGAGAAUGACAGGGAACAGGACAGUCCGGCCGCGUUGCCGACUCCGGAGCCGACGCAGCAAGCAGCGUCGUGCCAGAGCGUCGCCGUGGAGACGCUGCAAGAAGAGAUCACGGCGUUACGGGCGGAGAUCUCAAGCUUGCAGGCGCAAUUAGCUCAUUUCAAGAGUCAGAAUCAGACCGGCAAUCAGAGGCAACAGACAGCGGGCAGUGAUUCGCCGCGUCGAGAACUUAGAACAAGGGGCAACGCUAGCUCGCCGGAGCCUUUGACAGCGCCGUGCUCGCCGCUUUUACCACCACUACAGACGCCGCCGACGAAGAACGUGACGAGGGAGGAACCGCCGGUUCUCAAAAUGGCAGAGAGGGUGAGAUUGAGGAGGACGGACGAGAGACACAUUACCGGUCCGGAUAUCACUAAUCUGGGGGUAUGUUCCACGAUGGUUGCCGAGCAUCUCGUGUCGGAUCUUCUGGAACAGUCGAAUCUGCAGGAGUUGAACGGUUCCGAAAAGCAGUUCGAAGUCGAGACGGAGCGAUUGAAUAGCAGACUCGAACACGCGCGAGCGAACAACGCGGUUCUCGCUCUCACGUUGCACGAGAGCAAAGCGCAAUGCGACAGGUUGAGUCUUUUGGUCGGCAAGUACGAAUCCAACGCGACUGCGUUGCGACUCGCGCUUUCGUACAGCGAUCGCGCCAUCGAAGCUUACGAUGUUCUAGUCGCAUUACUGGAGAGCGAAAUCGCGCUUUCCACCGAGAGAAACAGCGUGACGAUUGAUAACAGAAGAGCAGCUGAGAAUGUCGCGUAUCACGUUCUGAACAGACUCGAGAACGAUUGUUCAAACACGCUGGGUGCUCCCUGGGAGGACAGCAUGGUCUUAUCGGACGAAUCGGAAGUAACGUGGAAUGUAGAGGACGAGCAACGACUCCGGAGACACAUCAGCAGAUUGAAGGGAGAACGUGCGAUGGUCAGGUCGACGGCGGUCGAGCUCGAGAGCGUGCACGCGGAACCGUUGAACUCGAAGACCACCAUAUCCUUGGCGGAAGCUAGGAAACUCGAUUUGGAAACCGCUGUGCUCAUGCAAGAACUGAUGGCCAUGCGAGAAGAUAAGGCUGAGUUGCGCGCCAGAGUGUUUCUAUUGGAGAAAGAACGCGCUACCAUAGAAUUGAAAUUGAAUGCACGGGACACGCAGAUUGCAGCCCAGCAUGCCACCAUACAGCAUCUUCAGGGUCAGCUGAGUGACGCGGAAGCUAUGCUAGCGAUGGCGACAAACAAGGACCGAGGUUUGAGCGACAAUGAGAGCGAAGGAAUGGAGUCCGAACUGAUCGAAGCGCUGGGUAGAGAAGCAAGACUGAAGGAACGCCUGCAGGAAUUGAUCUCGACUUUGGAUGAAGUUAACAAGAAUUCCGAACUCAGGCAUCAACAAUCGGCUGAACUCGUCAAUGACUUGAAAAGAGCUAAUGGAGCCUUGGUUCAAACUCUGGAAAAAUCCAAGAAGAAAUAUCAGUCUAGGCUGAAGAAGCUGGAGCAGCAGAUGCUGGGAAUGGUAGAGAGGCAUGCCGCGCAGGUAAAAACAUUGAAACAACGAAUAGCUCUGUUGGAAGAGGAAUCAAUGGGCUACAAAGGGAGCAUAGCACUUCAGUCUCAAAGUUCGGGAGCCAGCGAAACGUCAUUAUGACAGUCGAGUGAUUAAGUGGCAAAAAAAAGGCACAAUUCUCAAGCUUGAUGAUUUAAUUACCGUAAUAUGGUUUUUUUUUUUUUUUUUUUUUAAUUUUUCGUCACGAAAGAGCGAAAUUGUGCAAAAAGGAGAUUGAAAACUCACGUAUUUUUGUACACCGAAUAGUUGGCCGAAAGUAAAAAAAACCGCUUAGCUACUCGCUUUUGUAAUUAUAUCAUGGUAUAUAGUGCCGCUGUCCUAAUGAGAAUUUAAAAAGACAUUGAUUCAGAGCUAUAUAGGCCUAUGCAAUGUGUGCAAUAUGUGUAAUAUGUCAGAUACACAAAACGCAAGCAGCCUAUCUAAAAAAAAAAAAAAAACAAAUCCUCCAGCACGUCGUAAAAUUAUAAAUAAUUUGUUAAUUCGUAGCAUAUAUCGCGCUAUCGAUUACAACAGUGAUAACCCGCGUGUACAUAUGUAUAUUAUAGAAGCAUUAAACCAAGUGUGAUACAUAUAAAUUACAGUGAAAUAAAUUGCUUUAUUAUGGGAAUGACCACGAUGCUUCUAUCUGUCGUGAUAAAUACAAAUUGUUUUACACAUUUUUACAUAUAAAUUUUAAUCCUUCGACUGUGGAUCUAAAACAAACCUACAAGAACUGUAGACUGAGUCUUGUGAGGCAACUUUAAGAUCGAAUAUUUUUGCGAAAAAUCAAUAUUUGUUUAAUUUCUUCUUUUCUGAGUCGAAAGUUUGAACGAUUCCGCGUCGAUAA